CCUCCUUUUGCUUUGCUGACGAACCACAGCCAGCUGUCAGAAGUGAUUAUUUUAGCUUUCAGGUUUGUACAUAUUUCACAUUUGCUUCUGUGAGGAAUUUUAUACACAGUGUGAAAUUUAUUGUGCUGAAACCCGGGGGUUCUUUUUUAUUUGUAAUCGGGCAAAACCAUUACAUAAAUACAUAAAUGUAGCAGGAACAACUGACUAGCUAGUAAGAUACACAGCCAGGUUCUUAUAAUCGACGAGCUUGAGUUUUGUUUCACCUAAUUCAGCGACAAAAGGUAUGGGUCGGAGCUAUAUUGUUGAAGAUGAUGUGGAGGGAUAUCUGUCCAGACUGUGUUCACAGCUAGCAGGUCCAGUCACAGGUCUGCUUAUUGGACAGAGCACGGUCCAAAGGGAUUUUGUUGUUAUGGCAACAAGGACACCCCAAAACAAUGAGUCUGCAGAUGGCGGGAAGUCGGUGGACAAAGAGUGGGUGUCUGAGCACGCACGACAAGUAUCCAGGAUGCUGCCUGGAGGCCUGUCUGUGUUGGGAGUUUUUAUAAUCAGUGAGAGUGAUGCCAAGGACACUCUAACCACGCUCCGACAGUUGGUGUUUUCGGUGGAGAACCUGAUCUCCUCGGAGCGGCUCUGGACGCCCGCUGAUGAUGAUGUAACAGACUGCGUCACGCUGCACGUCAACCCCAAAACCAGGAAAACUGUCUGCAGAACGUUUGACAUCAAAGACCCCAAGAGUGUGGCCAAACCAGCAGACUGGAAGUACCAGUCAGGUGUGUGUUCUUCCUGGGCUAUGGUGUCCUGUUGCCUGAGUGUAGACCUGAUGGUACCACUCCCAGAAAACAUGGCCUUCACUAGAAACAUGGAUGAUUGCCUUAAGGAGGAGCUGAAAGUUUGGGCACAGCAGAUUGAAAGGGGAGUUUGUCUCAUUGAUGGAAAGAAGCUGCCAGAGGACGCAGAGCUCAAAGCAGGACAGAAAAAGAAUGUGAGACAGACCAUCUCAGCUCAGUUGCUCAUCACACCGGACAUGCAGACGGCAGCAGAUGUGGUCCAGCGGUGCGGAGGCUGCGUGUCGGUCAGUGGAGCGAUCCACAGCAGAGCUUUCCUUCACAGCAACAAACCAAAAGCUAAACUGGCUGAGAAGCUGCUGAAGAGAGAUAUUGUUUCUACGGUGGCCACAAGAGUUCAGAUGCUGCUGGAGGAGCCGCAGACACAAAAUGAGGAAAACAAGGGCCGAAAACAGACGGAGCAGUUCUGCCUCCCUCGUCGUGUCUUCUGCGCAGUGAAAUCCACUGGCCCGCUGAGUGUGUGUGACUACCAGUUUAGUGACGAAGGAUUGUCAGAAAUGACCGACCGGUUCAAGGAGAUGUUGGACAUGGAUGCAGCCGAGGAAGACUUGGACGCCACUCAGGAGAUGAUUGCAGAAGUCAUAGAGAGCGAGGUUACAGAAGAAGAAUCAGCAGAAGAAAAUGAGAUGCUGGAUCCCUGGAGAAACAACUACAUUGGUGUUGCCAUGGCUACUGCUGUCGCCCUGCUGGCCUUGGCUGCAUCAAUUGUGUAUCUCAGUGAUGUCUGAGGCUCCGUCCAAACACUAAAAUGAAGUACUUUGUGUCAAACGCUUCUGGAAAAUCUCUCACUGAAUCAGAAAGCAGAAGAAGGGGUCCCAGACGCGACUUUACCCGUUUACGUGAACAGUUCUUGUUGAAAUUUAACGUGUUUUCUUAGUGAUACCAUCCUAUUUGGAGAAAAAGAGAGGCUUGGCAUUAAACACUUCAAAAGAGACACUUCUUAAGUUGCUAACCGUGGUGUAAAAAGUGUUUUUCUAUUUUCUCAAACGGUGUUAAAUAAAACUAAAUAUUUACAGAAAUUCCUUCA